AUCAGUUUUGAUGCAAAUGGGCGUUUCAGUUGAAUCUGAUACUGCCACAUGUCCAUCUCGUUUGUGGGAAACUCCGAAGCUGCUAAAAUAAAGCACUAUACCAUGUGGCCAUGGAUUAGAGGCGUGUCGUCUUCUGCUCUAAAACAACAAGAUUCACCUCUCUCUCUCUCUCUCUCACACACACACACACAAAUUAAACACAAAGACACACAGGUUGUGGUUGGUAUAUAUGUUCCAUUCUUAUUGUUAAGGUUCUUGUGUGAAAGUGAUCGAGGCAAAACUCUUGUUUUUCCUUCAUGGCUUGGAAUUAUUAAUGGGUUUCUGAGGUUUCAAAGGUGAAAUGUCUGUGAUUACAAGUUUCUUUGAAUAUAUGAGCUCAUACGAGUUUCUGAGUUGGGAACUUUCAUAGGAAAGUUCUUUGGACUUCUUGGGAAAGUGUAAGGUACUUUUUUCUCGAUGGACUUUGAAUUUGUAUCUUGACACACAGAGAGAGAGAACAGGACAAAUGAAGCUUACGUUUUAAUGGGUGUUGAAUUUUCUAAAGCUGAAAUGUUUUUCUGUGGUGGGGAGGCUUUGAUUUAAGUCUGCUUGCUACAAAGGCAACUUGGUGAACUCAUCCUCUAAUGAUGGCUGAAGAAGAUGAUCUGUAUCCAUCCAGGGACAAAAGAAGAAUUCCAAUGUCCAUUUUCUUUAAAAACGCCAGACUCAUUUUUAAACUGGACGAACUUGGUUCAGAAAUAGCACAGAUUGCAUUGCCAGCUGCACUGGCUUUGACAGCUGACCCAAUUGCUUCUCUAGUUGACACAGCAUUCAUUGGACAAAUAGGUCCAGUGGAGCUUGCUGCUGUAGGCGUUUCGAUUGCUCUAUUCAAUCAGGCAUCAAGGAUUGCAAUAUUCCCACUUGUCAGUGUCACAACCUCUUUUGUUGCAGAGGAAGAUGCCAUUGGAAGUGUGAGCCCUGAAGCUCAAGAUUGUGAAUACUUGGAAACAGGUUCAACAACAAACAGUGAACAUAAAGAGUUGAUACCAAAAAAAGGUACAUAUGAGAAUGCAUACAAGUCAAGUGUCGGUAGCUUCGAUAUAGUUAAGAUUGAGAAUGAAAGAAGGCAUAUUCCGUCUGCCUCGUCAGCAUUGGUCAUUGGCGGCAUACUUGGCCUCAUACAGGCCAUAUUCCUAAUAUUUGGAGCAAAGCCUCUGUUAAAUUUCAUGGGAGUCGGUUCCGAUUCACCUAUGCUAACCCCUGCGCACCAGUACUUAACAUUGAGGUCACUUGGUGCCCCUGCUGUUCUUCUCUCAUUGGCCAUGCAAGGGGUAUUUCGCGGAUUUAAGGAUACAAAAACACCUUUAUAUGCCACUGUGGCAGGAGAUGUAACAAACAUAAUACUAGACCCAAUAUUUAUAUUUGUUUUCCGGCUGGGUGUCAGCGGGGCAGCCAUUGCCCAUGUUAUAUCUCAGUACCUCAUUUCAGUUAUACUCUUGUGGAGAUUAAUGGCAAAAGUUGAUCUCUUGCCUCCAAGUAUCAAACAUCUGCAAUUUGGUCGAUUUCUUAAAAAUGGGUUUCUACUAUUAUUGAGGGUCAUUGCUGUGACAUUCUGUGUGACUCUGGCCGCAUCAAUGGCUGCACGCCAGGGAUCAACAUCCAUGGCUGCAUUUCAAGUCUGCUUGCAGAUUUGGUUGGCAACAUCACUUCUUGCUGAUGGCUUAGCUGUUGCUGGACAGGCAAUACUUGCAAGUGCAUUUGCAAAGAAAGAUUAUGACAAGGCUGAAGUGGCAGCAUCCCGAGUAUUGCAGUUGGGAUUGGUUCUUGGUUUGAUGCUUGCCGUCAUACUUGGAGUGGGACUGCGUUUUGGAGCACGGUUAUUUACGGACGAUGUUAACGUCCUCCACCUCAUUAGUAUAGGCAUUCCGUUUGUUGCAGCUACUCAACCCAUCAAUGCCUUGGCCUUUGUUUUUGAUGGCAUCAACUUCGGAGCAUCUGAUUUUGCAUAUUCAGCUUACUCCAUGAUAAUGGUGGCUAUUAUGAGCAUUCUAUGUCUAUUUAUUCUCUCCUCCAGUCAUGGAUUCAUUGGUCUCUGGCUUGCGCUGACAAUCUACAUGAGUCUUCGAGCAUUUGCCGGGUUUUGGAGGAUAGGAACAGGAACAGGUCCUUGGAAGUUUCUCCGGAGCUAAAUGGACUUAUGGCUUCCAUAUAUAGCAAGUUGAUCCAUGAUUUUAUUCUCAUGGAAUCAUUUUGUUGGGUUAGGUAUCUUUCCUUGCUGCUUUCUGUGGCAUGCUCCUCCAUGCUUGGUUGACUGAAACAUUAUCUCCUCCUUGAUACUUCUUUGUACAGAAAAACUGGAAAAAUUUCAUAACAUGAAUACAGAGAAAUGAAAAAUAGUUACAUGUUAAUCAAUAUUAGGGAAUGUUGUAAUAAUAUUCUUUCAGGCGUCUGCAAGGCUUUUUAAGGCUUACCUUCACAUUUUCUUCCCUCAACAAUUUCUUCUCCUAUGGUUUUGUAUAUUGCUACAGAAGGUGCUAACAUGUUCUGGAAAAAAUCUGCUCUAGC